AUGCCAGUGUUCAAGGCCAUCAAUUUUUUCAGCACGAUUCAUUUUUGUAAAUUCAGAACAGAGGAGCAUUCUAUAUUCUAUUAUGGUUUGGCUAUUUGGUUAAUGUUGAUGACAAACCAAUAUACAGAGGCUUUUCGAUUCAUUUCUUGA